AAAGAGGAGAUAAAAAGCGAAUCGGCUCCCAAUUGCCGCCAACGACGCGAACCGGCUCCUGUAGUUGAUUUCAAAGAGUCGGCUCGUAGAGCCGGUUCGUUCGUGACCGACGCAUCAUUACCAUCCGUGUCUAUGGUGAGAGCGUUGUAUCACGCUUCAGGUCGGUUCAAACUUCUUUUCACCAUCCACUCGACAGUUCUGCUUUUAAUCGUUCAUUUUCAACUCGUAGGAGCUCCCAACCGCGUACCGAAUGGGGAAAAGGAAACAAUACAUGUAGCGAUAGACCUAGGAAUUGGCUUUCCCAAGCUUGGUCCGCCCCACACCCAAAGUGGAACUCGGGUUCCUCCCUGAAAUACAGAAGCUCACUGCUGGAACAUGGACAUACACACACGGCUGUACGCUCCUCCUCCACACGCAAGAGCAGCUGAACAAUGUGAAGAAUGUACAUUUAGCACUGUUGGAUCUUAAGGAGAGCUUGAAGAUGCCAGAAGAAGAAAUGGGAGGGACAAGUUGGAACGUUGGUGAAAAUGUGGAUUGAAUGUGAUUUAGUGUCAGGUAUUCCCACUGUCAUCAUCUCCGGAUGGCAACAAGGUGGGAUUGCUGAGCUGCAUAAGCAAGGCCUCUGGCAGCCAUCCGUUGCUGCUGAGCUUCUCCAAAACAUCCUAAAACGGCAGGAUCCCAUUGGCUGUCCGUCAAGACACGGGACCAUCCUGGGCCCUAAUGGUGCCCGCUGGUCUUCAACUUUGGAUCAGCUGAUGAACAGCCCAUGUCGCUGGAAUGCUUCUUUGCCAGAAAGGACUUUUUUCUCUCACUCCCGUUUUUGGCAUCUUCAGUCUUUGGCAUCUUUAGUCUUUGCUUGGAACCUCCUCAAGAUGCAGCAGUUCUAAAUGUACAUUCUUCAACACUGGGGGGGGGGGUCUAUAAAAGGCUUGGAAGUAUCCGCUCAUCCAGGCGGCCAUUAUUCCAAGUCCUAAAGUAGUUCCUACCAACCUUUAUUGUCAGUGAGAUAGUCCAGCAGCACAAAGAAGUGCAGGAUGCCCUUUGGGAUACAUUGUAGUUGUCUCAGACACGCGUGGAUCCGUUUUCUUUUACUAACGUCGGCGGUCGGCACAUUUCUGCUGAGUACAGCGAGAGGAUGAGGAGCGAACAUGAAGCCAGGCGGCUUCCCAGAGUUUCCCAGCAGUCAGUCAGGGAGGGAAGUAGGAGCGCUGAACGGGCUGAUCACUACCAUAUGCUGCACGGCUGCCUUAAACAAUAGCAGACAGGAACAUUCAGGAGUCACUUCAAUCUAUAAAUAGCCUGAGAGGAAAAUGGGGGCCGUGCCAGGCAGCACAUCUGCAAAGUGUGUUUUUCAGUGGGAAUGUCAGGAAGAGAGGGGGCGGGGCCUGAGGAGGGAAGAAGAAUGAGCGAGAGGAAGUGAUGUGCUGGCCGAGUGUAGCCCUCGGAACGUGGAGUCACCUCCUCUCCUGUCAUGUCAUGGGGUCGUCUCCUCCCGCCUUCGACCCGCCCCUCUGCUCCGACACCGCGCCCGUGUGGACCUGCCUGUGGACGGAAUCUAGCCCUGGAAAAGACGAUCCCAGUCAUCAGCUGAAGCUCUCUGGAGGGUGUUCCUCUUCCCUUAUAUGGCCACGGAGCUGGGAAAUCAUUUGAAUUAGUCCGGAUUCUGCUGGCAUGCCCGUCUGCUUUCAGUCCUGACCGACUCGCAUCUGGUACGCUUCUACCGCCGCUCUUUUCUGGGCUGGGUUUCUUUUCCUAGCUCUGGGCUGCUUUUCCUGGUCUUGGUUGUUUGGGACAACAAAAGGAGGGCUUGUGUUUAUGUGCUGACAUUCGCCUCCGGGGUGGCUGCUCUGCCCCCCCCUCGCCCUGGAAUACACAAACACACACCUGGCAGCCAAGAACUGGAACAGGGUCGCUCUAUACUGGAGAACUCGCGUCUAUUGGGAUGGCUUUUCCUUUUCCAAGCAGCCAACACAGCGACAGGGAACGUUAAAAGACACCAGACUGCUUUCUUCCCAGAUUUCCAACAUGAAGAUGAGGACCAUGGGACGCUCGGCGCCCCUGUGACACCUUCUGAGGCUAAAGCGCUCUCCUCAUGUGGACCACCUUUACCCGGCCGGCGCUAAACAUCGGUUGCCAUGGCGACGGCAGCAUGGUAUCACCGUGACAUCAGUCGUGUGCAUGCGGAGGACCUGCUGGCACGAGCCGGGAGGGAUGGAAGCUUCCUGGUGAGAGACAGCGAAUCUGUGCCAGGAGCCUACGCUCUCUGCCUCCUAUUUCAACGCCAUGUUCAUACCUACCGCAUCCUUCCUGAUGGAGACGGCCUCCUGGCGGUGCAGCAGACCACACAAGGGGUGCAGGUCAACUGUUUCCGGACGCUGGAAGACCUGGUUUUGGGCUACCAGCACCCUCACAAAGGCUUGGUCUCCCCGUUGCUUUACCCCGUGCCUCGUGACGCCGACGCAGGGGACGAAAGCUCAGAUGAUGAGAAGACGCCACCAAGUUUAGUUCCUGUCCACACGGUGACCUUCACCACACCGCCGGCAAGUCCCGCCCCCCAGGCUUUGUUCCUGGAGAAGUUGCAGGCGCUGAACACGUCCAGCACUGCCAGUGACGUCAUCGCGCUGCUCAACGACUAUUUCUUCAGCCAGCUCCCCCUGGACGUUGAGAACGUGCGCAAAGGGGCCACCAGCCUGUGUCACCUCAGACGUACGCUGGGGGCCGCCUGCCAGGGCCUGGACAGUGAGAUGGACCAGACACUCUCAAGUCUGGAGACCCUGGCCAAAGUCUUUGACCAUCCCAGCUGCUCUUUGCCAAACAUGAGUGGUCAGAGUCCAGACUCGGAGGUCGACACCUUGUUGGGGAAGAUUUCAGCUUUGGUCAGCCUCCUUUCAUCGCUGGAAAAAAAGGUACUGAAAGCCCUGCAGGACGCAGUGACCAAUCACAAUCUAGCUGUGCAGCCGAGCCCUCCUCCUCCGGAACCAACAGCCACCAUCGGGACUUCUGCCAGGAACCACGGGCAUGGACUGCCAGUCCACACCUUCCAGGUAAAGAUGCUGCGCUACGGCAGGCAGACGGUGUCCGUGGACGUGGGUGCAGGGCUGCUGCUCUUUGACAGGAAGUCCAACUCAUGGGAUGUCGAGCGGGUCUCACACGACAGAGUCCUUCAGGUUGUCAAGUACCAGAGCUGCCGCGCCAAGGUCCGCCUGCUGGUGGACAGCCACCACAAUGCACCAUGGGACAUGAUGUUUGAGAGCACACGGAAGGGGGACGCCUUCUGCCAACUCCUCCAGCUGAUGAAAACACGACAUUCCAAACUCAGCCAACCCGACGUCGUCUCCGUCUUCGUCGGCACCUGGAAUAUGGGUGGCUCCCCUCCGCCUCGCAGCCUGCGGUCUUGGAUCAGCUGCUGCGGUUUGGGACACACCCCCGACGACUCCGUGGCCUCGCUGCCUCAUGACAUCUACGCCUUGGGCACGCAGGAAAACCCUCAGGGCGAGAGGGAGUGGGCGGAGCAUAUUAGAGCCACCCUUCGCAGCCACACCCACGUGGACUUCAAACAAGUGGCGGUGCAGUCCCUGUGGAACAUGCGCCUGGCUGUGUUCGUCAAGCCGGAGCUGGAAGGCAGCAUCGGCCGUGUGAGCACCGCCAGUGUAAAAACGGGCCUGGGCAACACUCUGGGGAACAAGGGAGCGGUGGGAGUGUCCUUCCACCUCAAUGGAACGUCCUUUGGCUUUGUCAACUGCCACCUGACCUCUGGAAGUGAGAAAGCUCUAAGGAGGAACCAGAACUUCGGUGACAUCCUCAGGCUGCUUUCACUGGGCGACAAACACCUGGGCGCCUUCGACAUCAGCCUGCGCUUCACGCACCUCUUCUGGUGCGGAGACCUCAACUACCGCCUGGACCUGGACGUGCAGGACAUCCUGAAGCACGUGUCCAAGAGGGAGUUUGAGGAGCUCAUGCGUGCGGACCAGCUGACCCGAGAGCGGCUCAAGCGGAAGGCCUUUUUGUAUUUCAAGGAAGAGAAGAUUACCUUCCCACCAACCUAUCGGUACGAGCGAGGCUCCAGGGACUGCUACCUGUGGCAAAAGUACAAAACUUCAGGGGUGCGAGUCAACGUUCCGUCAUGGUGUGACAGGAUUUUGUGGAAGUCGUACCCCGACACGCAUGUCCUCUGCACGGCAUACGGCUGCACCGACGACAUCUUCUCCAGCGACCACUCGCCUGUGUUUGCCACCUUCCACGUGGGCGUGGCGUCGCAGCCCAGCUCCAAAGCAGAUCCAUGCUCCGGCGUGGAGAGGGCCUGGAUCGAGCUGGAAGGCAUCGAGGCCAUUGUGAAGACGGCUAGCAAAGAAAGGUUCUUCAUCGACUUUUCUUCCACUUGCCUUGAAGAGAUGCGUCGCUCAAGCGAGAACGACUCUCAAAGCUGCGACGUUCCCGGCUUUGUCAAACUGGCCUGGUCCUUCAAGCAGCUGCCAAAGCUUCUUCCACUCAGGUCUGACAUGGACUUCCUGCAAGAUCAGCACCUGCUGCUGUCCGUCAAGUCGUGUGACGGCUUCGAGUCGUACGGGGAAUGCUGCGUGGCGCUGCGCUCGCUGGUGGGCGCGUCUGAGCAGUUUGAGACCUUCCUGAGCCACCGUGGGGAAGAAAUCGGCUCCAUCAGGGGACGGGUACGGCUUCACGUGCCCAAGGACAGACGGGGAACCCGCAAGAAGACCUACGAGUGGUUCCGUUUGGAGAAAGACCAAAGAGGUCCUGGCAGAGGUCACGUGACCCCCGCACCCACACGAGUCCCAAUUAACAGGUCGUUGGCGGCGCACCCCAAGGCCACGCCGAGCAGCUACACAAACCCCGCCUACUUCAUCUUCGAGGGCGUGUCAGUGGUCCGAGGAGUAGAGGAGGCUCUCCCUCUACAACGGAGGGAACCGCAGGUGAUCUGGGCCGGCAACCAGGCCCUGCAGCUGCCCAAAAUCUCAGCCCGCCGCGGCUUCAACGCCAGACCCUGUCGCCGAUCGGACUUCACGGAAAUAGAAAUUCCAGCCGUCCUUCCCAACUACGCUCCGACCAGCCAGCUCCGCACCCCUCAAGCCGACUCCUCCUACGAGCUGUUCCCUGCCAAAAAACCCUCUCCCAUACUUCCGCCCUCUGGGAGAAGCACCCCGCCCGGCCAGGAGCAGCGGUCCCUUGUGGAAAACCCUCCCCGUGACUCCGCCCUGCCGGAGAACAACCUGAGGAACUCGUACAUGAACCAGUCGGCCAUCCUGCGGCAGAAAGCCAAAAGGGAUCUUCCAGACAGGAAAACAAAAGCUCCGCCGGUUUUCCCCUUCACCCUAGCUCCUUCAGGACCCUGUGGGGUGCCCGCCCCCUGGGUGGCCGAGCAGCCGCCGCCCGGCCCCGCUGGCGACAACUCCCUGACUGCUUUGCAGAUCGCCAAGUCGCUCAGUGAGGUGGACUUCUUCCCUGCAAAGCCGAGCCCCCCAUCCUUCCUCAGCCAGAGGCCAGGCCCCGGGAACGGGCCCGCCCUGCCCCCAGAGAGGGGCCACAGUUGGGAAAAAGAGGUUUCUGUCCUCCAAGGUGCUCCUGAGACGGUCUGUGAGCUGCUCGGCGCUCUGGGUCUCCAGAAGUACUCUCUGGGACUCCGCCUCAACGGCUGGGACGACCUGGACUACUUCAGCGGCAUCACCGAAGAGGAUCUGCGUGCUGCCGGAGUAACAAACUCCUCUCACCGACGCAGGAUCUUGGAGAACCUGCCCAGGAACUGGACCUGACACGCAUGGACGGCUAGGACGUCCAUCCAGAAGCUUCUUUUCAGCACCUGCAGCAACAUUUCAGGGAUUUAGUCUGGACUUGGUGGCGUUUUCACGUGACGUUCCUGAGGUAAGCCCCCGUGGUUCUACCUUCUGUACGCCACUGGCCUCCUCUCGACCUCAGACUCCAUCCGAUUGGUUCCUUGAAGAUAAAAGUAUGAUUUUAGUGCCAGGGAAGGCAUUUGUGUGUCGUGUUCCACGUCCGUGAAGAUGAUGUGAACGUUGGCGCUCCGUGGACAUUUGAUGGACUGACUGUCCUCCUGUGUACUUUGUGCUACGCCUGAGCCUGGACCAGAGCUUCUAUUAAAUGCAUCGUCUACACAUCUUGCCAGAACAUUCUGUCAUCAGCCGCUCUCCACCGCCGCCACGUAGUCUCAGCCACGGCCGUCUUUUCCAGCAGAUAGAAGAGCUGGGCGUAGAGCAGACCAGACUCCACAGGUCCAGCCACGGCUGGUGUGUCAGGUACAGAAGAACUAGUUCCGUGUCCGUCCGCUCUGCUGUGGUUACUCAUUAAGGCUCCGACAAACAACUCUGCCUGACCCCUGACCUCCAGCUGCCUCGUCCACGAUGUCAUCCUCUGGACAGGCGCAGGGGUUUUUGGCAGCGCUUGCACGGUUUUGGUUAUCGUACGGUUUACUGACUUCAGACUUCACGGUCCUAAGUGGUGGUCUUUCAGUCGUUAUUUGGCAUUCCCACGAUGGCGUCACCACGCACUCGUGCAGACGCAUGGCCAGCAGCGCCACAUCCUGCAACGCCGCGCCUCGUCCUCCUGGACGUCACAGCACGCCUUCAGUAUGUGUGCCGUAAAUACAGACAGUAGGUGUUGAUGUUAUAUAUAUUAUACAUAUAUUGAUGUCACUCACUAACCUGACUGACUGCAGACGUACAUUUCUGCUGGCAAAUCCCAGGAAGUACGGCUGGACUCAAACCUGUGACUUCUACCUCCAUGACAAAUACACUUGUGUCCUGUUCCUUUCUGUGUGGACCAAUCUCACUCUCUCAUGCAAACUGAUUCAUUUGAUAAAAACGUGUCAUCAUGUGACUCCGCCCCCUUGAAAGAAAGCAACAUGCAGCUUUUCCAUGAUCCAGUCCUCAGGUCCUCGCCGUGCCCUGGACCGGGAAGUGAUCCUUUGACCUGCGUGACGCCGCAAGCCUCAUGGAGACCAUUGCUCCACUCCUGGUACAUUUAUGUCUUUAUGGUCAGGCGUUAUUGUCUCAUACCCGUGGCAACUUUGUAGCCAAACAAACAGACGAGCACUUCACCUUCCUUAGCAAUCCCAACUUGGCAUAAGAUUCCCAAUAUUCCAACUUUACGCUGGUAAGAUGAUAUUUGGCAUUCUCGUAUCUCACAUAAGUUCCUUCCCGUGGCUAAGUAGGCCCACUGUUAAUAAAAAGGGGGAAGAAAAUAUAAUAACUUCAUCUUUCAUCAAUCGGCUUUUCUUCCUGUCACUCACACACAUCCGUGUUAUAUUUGCUAAGUGAAUUGGGAUUGUUGGGAAUCAUAGUCAGAAUGAAAGUACAUUGUGUUGCGUUCAAGGUAGUCUCUUCUCCCACUU